ACUUGCAGGUUUUGUCAUGCAGAAUUUGUGGACAAACAGGAGCUCGAGCUACAUAUGGGGGUUUCUCACAGUACAUUUGCUGGCCGGAGAUUGGUUAGUUUGUUGAAACCUUCUCAGUCCAGUCACCAUCUUAAGGGACAGAGACCUGUGCUUUCUGAUUAUCUGUCUUGCAACAGGUGCAACAUUGCCUUUAGUGACUGUGUUUCUCUACUGAGUCACACGCUGAAAGUCCACCCGGAGCUGAACCAGUUUAAUAUGUGCCGCCUGUGUGAUCGCCUCUUUGACUCCAGCAUGUCCCUCCACAAGCACCUGAAGAAAGUUCACGAGCAGACCCAUGAUGGAGCUCUAAAGUGUCCCUUCUGUCCAGCGUGGCUGUCUAGCAUGGAGUUGGCUUCAAUACACAGAGUCACCUUGCACACAGGAGCUGUCCCUGUACACUGCCCUUUUUGUGGGGCCGGUUACCAGAACCUCCAUUUGAUGUACAACCAUGUCCGCAGCCAGCACCUUCAGACAGAAGCCCACGUGUGUCCUGAGUGCCAGUCAAGCUUUCCCACCAGCCGCUUACUGUCAGAGCACAUGAGGAAGACCCACGUGAUGAGCCCCCGCAUCAUCAAGGAUAUUUCCCACAGUGGCUGCAACAUGAGCUACUGCUGCCCAUUUUGUAACAUGUCCUUCAUUCGCACCUAUGAUUUGGCUGCCCAUGUGAUCAACGCCCACAAGGAAUGCCUUCUGCCUUCCCAGUGCCAGAUGUGCAUGCAGUCUUUCGUGAAUGACGUGGUCAUGAAGAUGCACAUGUCUGGAGCUCAUGGGAUUGACAUGCAUCACGAGGCAUCAUCUGCCGACUCUAGCUAUGUCCAUGGACAUUUUGAAGACUCCGAGUCUGUGACUGUGGUACUGCAGGAUAGCUCAGCCGAUAUGUACACCCACACAAAGGACCUGGAUGCAAGCUCUCACAGCAGGAAUUUGAUGAGAGCACAUUUAAUAGACACACAGGACAUUUUAGACUCCCAAGAACCUGACCAGUAUAUAGACCUUGGUGAUCAAGAGAACAUAGUUUAUCUGAGUGACAGAAAUCACAUGGUGACUUCAGGUGAAAUGUUUGGCAGCUGUUCAGCCAUGGAAGAUGUCCAGCUGCUUGGGGAGACUCACGAUGAUUUCAAUCUUCAUGCAGUCGACUACCUGGAGACACUAACCAAUGACAGCAUUGCUGUAGGGGCUGACGUGGUUGCUGAUGUUUCCAUGGAUGAGAUGACUGACAGUGGAGAACAGGGCAACAGAAACAAUGACAUACUUGAGAUGAGCAGCCAGUUUGAAAUCGAUGGAGUCCUGUAUGAGCUGUCUGUACCCCACGAUUGCCAAGAACAGGACUUGGGUGAAGUGGCCAGUCUGACUGUCAUUGAUGAUGCAGAGCUGAGGCUGUCCUGUGACAGAAUCACCAUGGACGGAAAUGAUCUGGCUCAUCUCCUGAGGCAGCAGGUGCAGUAA